AACUGUUAAGGAGUUUCUUUCUACUUUGUAUAUUUUCAAUUAACCUCUAAAAGCGCAACCGCGCCUCGAAUUCAAAACUAAUUUGUUAGCAUAUUCGCAUCUUUAUUUGCAAACCAACUUGAACUUAUAUCUUGCUCCUAUUACUUUUAUGGGGGGGCUUGGGAACUUGAUAUGUUGGGGGAUCCUGCCAGUAAUAGUGGCGAUCGGGGGGUUCUAUAUGCAGUACCAGGCGAACGUGUUCAAACUCCUGGACAUUGGCAAACAUGUGUAUAACCACUACCCUGGACCCUGUCGAGUUGUCGAGGGCUUAGAAUACGGAGCAGAAAAGGUGAUCGUGCUGCCAAAUGGACUAGCGGUGAUUGGAUCGGGGAUCAAGUUGGCAGGACGCAACAUGACAUGGGUGGAAAACUCGGGCCUGUUUCUGUUCGACUUCACGAAUCCCUGGCAGAAUGUGACCAAGUUCCAGUUCAGCUCCAACUACGACCCAACAGGUUUCAACCCGCAUGGAAUCGCAUUCUACGAAAACCAGCGUACUGGGCGAAUUUCUCUCUUCUUAGUGAACCAUCGGCCAGAUGGAGACGCAAUAGAAGUAUUCGACAUCGACUUUGCGAACAUUCGGCUAAUAUUCAAGAAAGCCUUCAGACAUCCUUUGAUUUACAACAUAAACGACAUUGCGCCGACGGGGGAGAACAGUUUCUUUGCGACGAUUGACCAGUACAGCACUUCUGAGAGGGGAAAAUAUUGGGAGAUAUUCGGCUUCCUCAAAUGGGGAAGGGUCAUCCACGUUGACGGGUCAGAAGCGAAGGUUGUGUGGGAGGGACUGAACUACCCGAAUGGGCUGGCCAUCACGAGGGACAGACGACACCUCUAUGUGGCGGAGUUCGUGGGGGGUGACAUCCAGGUGUUCGACGUGAGUCAGAAGGACAAGAGUCUGAAACAUGUGAGGAGCAUCGCCACUCACACCCACCCAGACAACAUCGAGAUAGACCACGACAGUGGGGACCUGUGGAUCGGCUCGCAUCCAGUUUUCUUUCGUAUCUUCCAGCUGAAAAAAGGACCCAUAGCUCCCGCCUCUCAGGUGAUCAAAAUAUCCUACGACCCAAUUGCGAACAGGGCGCCCAUAAUCAACGAAGUGUUCUCGGAUGAUGGGAUGAUAUUAAUGGGAUCGGCUGGUGCAGCCCACUGGAAAUCUCGACUGCUUGUCGGAUCCGUAUUCGAACGUCUAGUUUACUGCGAGAUAAAUGUCCCCUACACGGCCAAUGAUAUAGUGGAUAGAUGGACUAUUUAAAUGAGUAUUAUAUAUUUGUAGUUAAAAUCAAAAAAAGAAGCCGUUCAUAUAAAAUUGUGUUUCUAACAUCGAAAGCUUCCUUUCUUUAACGGCAAAUCUAUAAUUAUUUUGACUUAUUGUUUGUAGUUGUCAUGCUUUUGCUGAGGUUUGGAGCUGAUUUUUUUUUCAU